AUGGCGGAACUCGACGAGGAGGAAGUGGCGGCCCCUGAGGUCGAGAAGCCUAGCUACGAGAGCACUCGGAAGGUGACGGAUGUCAAUGGAGCAGUUCGCGGUGUUUUGAAGAAGUCCCUCAUGGUGGAUGGCGUCAUCCGGGGAUUGCACGAGGUUGCCAAGAAUGUUGAAGCUGGCAGGGCACAGGUUGUGUUCCUGGCGGAGUCCUGCAAUGAAGCCACCUACAAGAAGCUCAUCCAGGGCCUGUGUCUGGAGAAGAAUGUGCCGCUGAUCGAUGUGCCCGACAACAAGAGCCUGGGUGAGUGGGCAGGCCUUUGCAAGAUCGACAAGGAUGGCCACCCCAGAAAGGUGGUGGGUGCCAGCUGCGUGGCCGUGGUGGAUUUUGGUGAGGAGGGUCAGGUGAGGGAUGUCAAUGGAGCAGUUCGCGGUGUUUUGAAGAAGUCCCUCAUGGUGGAUGGCGUCAUCCGGGGAUUGCACGAGGUUGCCAAGAAUGUUGAAGCUGGCAGGGCACAGGUUGUGUUCCUGGCGGAGUCCUGCAAUGAAGCCACCUACAAGAAGCUCAUCCAGGGCCUGUGUCUGGAGAAGAAUGUGCCGCUGAUCGAUGUGCCCGACAACAAGAGCCUGGGUGAGUGGGCAGGCCUUUGCAAGAUCGACAAGGAUGGCCACCCCAGAAAGGCGGGUUUGGUCCUUUGA